UAUGGUCCCAUGUGGUAGACUUCAGGGUGGACUUUUAAAUGGGGAAAGAAAGAAAGGCAUAUGCCAUAAUAACAGUUUAAUUAACAGACUACAUAUUGAAGAAUUCCAUAUUUCCAUGAUAAUUCAUGGAGAUAGGUACGGUACUUCGCACGUUACUGGGUCCCACGCUGUCUUUACUUCUUUCAUCUAAAUACCGUACGAAUCUCGCAUCCAUUUCACUCAAAUUCCGUAAGAUCGAAACAAACAAAUAUAGUUUUAUCAUCUUUUGAUCUCUCCUAACAAAAAUGGUUCAAAAAAAAUGACUAGACAAUGUUCUUCCUUACUCCUCACUCUCUUAACCGAUGACCUCCUAGCUCGAAUCCACUCCCACCUCCUAGACCCCAAAGAUCGCAAAUCGUUUGGACAAGCAUGUAUCGUCUUCCAUCGCAUCGAUUCAUUGUCUCGAACCCGCCUUCAGCCACUCCACCCGUCAAUCAUUCUAUCUCUCCUACAUAAACUCCCCUCGGUCCAUACGCUCGACCUCUCCCUCUGCCCGCGCAUCGACGAUUCCUUCGCCUUCGCCAUCUGCCCGUUUCUACGCCAUCGUUGUGUGAGGACCCUUUCGCUUAGCCGUGCGUCAGGCCUCACAUAUGCGGGGCUCGAGAAUCUCGUACGCUCUUGCGAGAAGCUCGAGGCCCUCGAUGUGUCGUACUGGUGCAGGAGGUUCGGGGAUAGGGAAGCUCUCGCGAUGUCGUGCGCUUCAGGGUUGAAGGAGGUUAUUUUGGAUAAGUGUUUGAAGGUCGGUGAUGUUGGGUUAGCGCAUAUUGCGGUUGGGUGCGUUGGAUUACAAAGUGUGAGCUUGAAAUGGUGCUUGGAGAUUACUGAUCUUGGGAUUGGUCUUCUUGCUACCAAGUGUUUGGGUUUGAAAUUCCUCGAUGUAUCUUCCCUCAAGAUAACGAGUCAGUCGUUGCAUUCGAUUGCGGUGCUACAAGAGCUGGAGAGUUUGAUAAUGGUGGGAUGUGUUUUGGUGGAUGAUUCAGGGUUGCAUUCGCUUGGAAAUGGUUGCCCUUCACUUAAGGUAGUAGAUAUGUCAAGGUGUGAUCGUGUUACUUCUGCUGGCUUAUGUUCAUUGGUUAGAGGACAUCGUCAACUGCAACAGCUGAAUGCAAGUCAUUGUCUGGUCGACCUCACAUCUGAUCUUCUUUGUGCAUUGAAGAACUUAAAACACCUAAAUGUAUUCAAAGUCGAUGGAGCUCGAGUUUCUCAUGCUACUUUCCAAACUAUUACGAAAAAUUUCACAUCUCUCGUCGAAAUCGGACUAAGUAAAUGCAUAGGACUAAGGGACAUUUACAUCAUACGACUAGUAACAGGCUGCUGCAACUUAAGAUCCCUUAAUCUUUCAUGCUGUGAUACUGUCACUGACGACGCGAUUGCAGCAAUCGCAGGCUCAUGUAGGAAACUGCAGUGCCUGAAGCUGGAGUCUUGUGCUUCUGUCACUGAAAAGAAUAUGAAAUUGCUUGGUUAUUCUUGUGCUCAUCUUCAGGAGCUUGAUCUUACGGAUUGCUGUGGAAUAAAUGAUACUGCUCUUGGUUUCUUGUCUAGGUGUACAGAACUCCAAUUCUUAAAGUUAGGCCUUUGUGAGAAUAUAUCAGACAAUGGAUUGUUCUAUAUUGCUUCCAACUGUAUGAAGAUAUCUGAACUCGAUUUAUACCGAUGCCCAAAUAUUGGAGAUGAAGGAAUGGCUGCAUUGUCAAAUGGGUGCAAGAAAUUGAAGAAGCUCAACAUCUCAUAUUGCAACAGUUUGACUGACAAAGGAAUGGAGUACAUCGGUAGACUAGAGGAGUUGUACGUCCUCGAGAUGCGCGCUCUAAUGAAUGUCACUGGUGUUGGCUUGCAAGCCGUUGCGGCUGGGUGCACGGUAUUGUCGGUGUUAGAUCUAAAGCAUUGCGUGAACAUUCAAGAUGCAGGUUUCUGGGCUCUUGCCAACUACUGCAAGAACCUGCGCGAGAUAAAUAUUGGCCAUUGUGUCAUUUCCGAUACCGCCUUAUGGAUGUUGCUGAGUAAACUUACAUGCCUCCAAGAUGCAAAUCUGGUUCCCCUAACUAAUGUAUCAGCAAGAGGAUUGGAGCUAGCUCUUAGGGCAUGUUGUAUCCAACUUAAAAAGCUCAAAUUAGUUGGUUCUUUUAAAACCUCCCUUUCCCAUGAGUUACUUCAGUUUUUGUGGCUAAAAGGAUGUAAAAUUAGAUGGGAUUAGAAAUAUAUAUAUUAAUUUAGCUUUCA